UAUGUUAUCAGAAUCUGAUAAGAAAAUGUUUAGCUUUCAAUGUGGCCUUCCCAUUCAUGCUGCUGCUAUUACACAACUGCUCCCUUAACUCUCAGUUGAGCAGGCUGCUAUAUCUAUCCUAUUAUGGGUGUCCAUUAUUCUCCCGUCUUGCACUGAGAGAUCAUUAGUGUCUUACUAUAAGGUGGGUAUUAAACCGAUGUAUAAAACGUAAUAUGUAUUUAAAGUGUUCAUUGAGAUAACUGUUAAGGACACUGUAACAACAAAAUAAGAAGGUAUUACGGUUGCAUUUCUUAACAGAGACUUGCUUUUGAGAAGAUGGAAUGGACCAAACACUAUGCUUGCAAGAAACUGUUGUCACUGUUGACACACUAUGACAUGAUCAAAAGAAAGUCUGGUCAGACAGAUACAGAGCAGCUGCGGGCAAUACGGAUAGUCAGGACACGUGUUAAAAAUGGAAUUCCUUGUUUUGAAAUUGAAUGGCAAAAACCAGAGCAUUAUGUUACAGCAGAUGAUCAGCCCACAGAGUCAUUUGUGGUUACAGUAGAGGAAGAAGCUUUGUUUCAGGCUGCCUAUCCUGACAUUGUUGGCUUCUAUAAAGUGGAAAAGUUGGAAGUUUUGGAAAGGAAACAGAGAAGUAAGAAAAAUAAACCAAAAGAAAAAGAACACUCAAAUAUCGAUGGUAAUGUUGCUGAUCUUCUGUCUGUGAUGAAUUUGCAAUCUACAUGUGAAAGCUUUCCUGAGCAGGAUUCCAAGUCAGAUUUUAAAACUCUUCCUGAUAAUCAAAUACAGGAGAAAAGUAUCUCCAAAUCUAAUGAUUCCCUUUUAGCUGCAGAUUUUUCCACUGUAAUUGUUCAGUUACAAAACCCAGUAUCUACCCUUCCUCUAACUGCUUCACCCAACACUCAGUAUCACAGUGUUUUAGAUGGCUCUCUUACUUUACCAGCACAGUUUACUCAACUCCCUGAGGCAUCGUCCUCUUAUGUUUCUUCUAUGAUAGUUGAUCUGCAACUGGGUAGCAUUGAUUGGGAUGGAACCUCAUUCAGCAAUUCACCAGCACGUGUUGAUUCUGCCUGUUGUUCAGUGUCUGAGCUUGGUGCAUCUAAUAAUUGUAUAAGCCAACCAUGUACACUUCAGCACAAAACAAGGGAAAACAAAAAAUAUUCUGGUGCCACUCAGUCUGAUGAAGAUUCUUGCAUCAGUGCAGAGUAUUUGGUUCGAACCCCUACUGAUCUGGUAGAACAGCUUCAGAAGUUGCCUUUAAGAGAACGAAUAUUUCUGAAGACGUCUGUGCAGAAAGAUACUGCACUGUCUCUAAACUUAGUGCAGCUGAAACCUUUACAAUUGUUGAAACAAAUUAAAGAAACAUCAAUUCCUGAGACUGUUUCCACUUAUCCUUCAAUUCAAUUAAGUGACACCACAAAGGAAAUCAAAAUGUUAUCAGAAAAAUAUCUGAAAGUCUCGAGUGUACAAAAUUACCAGGAACAGUACAAAAAACCUGGCAACUUGGUACAAAUGGAGCAAAAACACCCCAAACACAGCUGUUUGAAGUCUGUCGGUUUGAGAAGUCAUGCAGCAGAGCCUUUGCACUCAGAAGGUGAAUCACUAAAGUUAGCAACGGCCACAGAUAACUAUCACAUUAAAAAAUUCAGUACUCAAGCUACUUGGAAAACUUCCAUUAAAAAGAGUGUGUGCCAUGACAGACAUUCUUCUAGUGAAGACAGUGAUGAUGGGACUACGAUGGAUAAAAAUCAGAUUUACAGAAUUAAACAGCGGAGGCAACUGAAUCCAGCUCAGAUGAAGGAAAACAUCACCAAGGAGAGGGGUAACGGAGGAUCAAAUCUUUCAACUAAAUGGAGAGAGAGAGAGGCAAAUUUAAAAAUAAGUAGCAAUAAUUUGUCAAUGCAAGUAUCUCCAAAACCUGCCUCGGUAGUGGAAGCUAACAGUUUCCCAAGCCCAAUACUGUCAUUUAAAAGAUUAGAUUCCUGUUCUUCUCUGCAGCAAAGCAAAAAUGACUGUAAUGUAUGGAUAGAUAGUCCCCUGCCUCUGUCUGAAAGGCUCAAACUAAGACUCAAAAGCAAUUAGUAUUUCAUUAAAAAUACAUUACGUUAAACAGUUAACUUGGUGUCUAAAACUCCUACAUAAUUCCUUUCCUCAUUCAUAGCAUUGGCAUAUGCAAGCUCAAGAGACACUGUAUUGUGAAGUUGACAUAGUCAUAAUUAAUAGAAAGCAUUGUGAAGUCCUGCUUACUUGGUACUGAAGUGUUA